CGAACCAUGUACCUGGGGAUCCAGAGCCAGCGGCAGAAGGAACACCAGCGGCGCUUCUACUGGGCUAUGAUGUACGAAUAUGCAGACGUAAACAUGUUGCGCCUCCUGGAGACUUUCCUCGAGAGCGCCCCCCAACUGGUGCUACAGCUCUGCAUUAUGAUCCAAAAGAACCGUGCAGAAACAUUACCAUGUGUGUCCUCUGUGGCGUCCCUGAUGUCCCUGGCUUGGGUGCUAGCCUCCUAUCACAAGCUUCUUCGGGACUCUAGGGAUGACAAGAAGAGUAUGAGCUACAGAGGGGCCCUCAUACAUCUCUUCUGGCGCCUCUUCACCAUCUCAUCCAGAGUUAUUUCUUUUGCUCUCUUUGCUUCCAUCUUCCAGCUCUACUUUGGGAUCUUUGUAGUGGUCCACUGGUGCGCCAUGGCUUUCUGGAUCAUCCAUGGUGGGACAGACUUCUGCAUGUCUAAGUGGGAGGAGAUCCUCUUCAACAUGGUGGUAGGGAUUGUGUACAUUUUCUGCUGGUUUAAUGUCAAGGAAGGGCGGACUCGAUACCGAAUGUUUGCAUAUUACACUGUAGUCUUGACAGAGAAUGCUGCCUUGACACUCCUUUGGUAUUUUUACAGAGAUCCUAACACUACUGACUCAUAUGCCGUGCCAGCACUGUGUUGGGUCUUUCUUAGCUUUGUUGCUGGGAUAGCUUUGAUGCUGUUAUAUUAUGGUGUGCUGCAUCCCAUGGGGCCAAGAGCUAAGAUUUUUGCCAGCUCCUGUUGUGCCGAGCUGCUCUGGGGCAUUCCUUUGCCCCCUGAUGUUGAGCCCAUGGCACCUCAAACCCCUGGGUACCGGGGGGCCCAGGCUACGCCUACCAGAGCGGUCACGGAGCAACAGGAGGAACUCACAGCUGACACUUGCUUGCCAGUUUUCCAGGUGAGAGCAAUGGUGCCAUCUACUCCAUCUGGGCGGGCCUACUACCCAGAAGGUCCUCUCAUUAAGAUUGACAUCCCAAGAAAAAGGUACCCCGCAUGGGAUGCUCAUUUUGUAGACAGGAGGUUAAGAAGGACUAUCAACAUUCUCCAGUAUGUCACCCCCACAGCCGUAGGUAUUAGGUAUAGAGACGGACCUCUCUUAUAUGAGUUGCUACAAUAUGAAUCUUCACUUUAAAGCUCCUUUAAAAAAGAGGGAAAAAAAGGUAAAAGAGGGGACCUUAUUUUUGUUUACGGUAAAUACAGAUCAUGAAACAACCACAGCCCUUCCGAUAAGCUUUCUUUCUGGUUGCUGUAUGUAUAAAAAAAAAGAAAAAAAAAAAAGAUAUUCUCUAUGUUUUGUAAGUAAAAACAAAAAGAAAAACUUUUCUUUUGUUUUUUACACGCAAGAAACAGUAUUUCAACUUCCACACCUAGGAUCCAGAGGUGGAGAAGAGGCGUCUCCGUAUCCGUUUUAUACCUUAUACCAAGUGUUAACAUUAUUUAUGGGAUUGGUGCUGAUUGAAAAAUAAAAACAAACAAACAAACAAACAAACCUACAACUGCCUUAUGCCCUGAGGUGCUGAGUUUCAUUAAGUACUGUCACCUUUCUCAUGCAAAACUCUUCAGUGAUUUUAUGCCAGGAAAAAAAACGAACAACCGUAAUGUACAAAACGUUAAAAAAAAAAAAAUAAUAAGCAAAGAAAAGCAAAGAGAAACAACAACAGCAAACCUACAACGAUGACAAAAAAAAGAAACGUGCAAACAAAAAAAUCGCUGCUCUUAUUGGCUUUUGGUGAAAAAGCAAACCGAUUAAAGAUGAGAAAGCAAAGCAGAGACACCCCAAAAGACGUUUGAAUCUUAAAUGGUUGAAAGAGACGAUCAGGGCCGUAACACAAUUUGGCGACAUGAUUAUAACAUAGUUUGGUCCUGUCGUUGCGGACUGGAUCAAACCCUGUUAUGAAAGCAAUCCCCCGACACAAUGGUUUUCUUAAUGUGAAUGGACCACACGUGAUGGCCAGCUAUGCCCAGUUUGCACCAAAUUCCCCCAGUGAUACUGUACCUGAUCUCACUUGCAACAGUUUUACACACC